AUGAGAAUUUUGGAUAGGAUUUUGGAGCUGGGAAUGAAGAGGCUGAGGCCAGAAGAGGAUGUAGAAAUGGAUAGGGCUGCGUCUUCGGUUUCUGCCAGUGUUGCUCCUGUCGAAGAAGGAGAGUUGAUAUGUCUGAGGAGGGUGAUUUUGAAUCAUGCAGAUAUUUUUUAUGCGCUCUGUGGGAAUAUACAUAAGCAAAUUAGACUGUGGGAGUGUUACGAUCCUGGCUUGGCAACAACAGUGGGAGAAAGUGGCGAUGCCCAGGUAGAGUUGUCGGAAGAAGAGGGUGUUAGAAUUCUCGGUUUAAUACUAAAGACCGUUCAGGUGGUUCAUCUGGAUGCGAUGAAGCAAGUUAUGAAAGCGGGUGAUCCAGAAGAAGCAGUUUCACACAUUAGAUUUCUUCAUUUUGAUCAAGGAGUCGAGGUGUCUGAGUACCGCAUAGUUUUGAAAGACCUCUUCAAGAGUGUUUUAUCAAGAAGUGAGAAUUUUGGUGAUUCUUGGAAUGCCAUGCGUGACCAACUGCUAAUGAUUUAUGGAGAAGCCCUUUCAUCAGAUUGCGGAGAUAUUAUUCAAAUGAUACAGACCAUUCAUGAUGAGCUGCUGCCUGAAGAGAUUGAAGUUUAUAGAGCUCAAACUGACAACUUCGUCCCACCUCCUCUCAUACGGUUUCUGAGAUAUUGCGCUGAGGUGAAGCUUCAUCAGGAUGUAGAUGAUAAGACAUUUUCCCUGAAUAAAGUAGUCAAUUCUUGCAAGGCAGAAAUGUACCAUUAUGCUCGUGUUUCUGGACUACAUGUACUUGAGUGUAUCAUGGAUACUGCCUUGUCUGCUGUGAAGAGAGAGCAACUUGAAGAAGCCAACAAUGCUCUCCAGUUGUUUCCCCAGCUACAGCCAUUGGUAGCUGCCAUGGGGUGGGAUUUACUGGCUGGUAAAGUAGCAGCACGGAGGAAAUUAAUGCAGCUGCUCUGGAAAAGUAAGUCACAAGUAAUUCAGCUUGAGGAAUCAAAUCUUCUUUUUAUGCUUGAUCUCGCCUCCUUUGUUGCCUUUGUCAAUUCUGGCCGAUCUUGGAAUUCAAAAUUCUCAUUAACACUAUCUGGAAAAGGACAAAUGGCAUUGGGAGAUGAAGAAGCCUAUUCUGACCCUUUCGUUGAGAACUUCGUGUUGGAAAGACUUUCUGUCCAAAGUCCUCUGCGAGUAUAA